CCAUCGGUCAAAUAUUUCUCCCACGGUUAUAGAAACCACAGACCUAUCUCCCUCUAAAUAUACUAUUUACUUUAUUUUAAUACCUCCCUCUAAAAGAUUAUCCCCCUAUGUUUAGUGUCUCUCCAACAAUUCCCUCCACCCAUCUCCCCCUAUUCUAACUACCUAAGAUUUUAUCUAUAUCUAUACUACUUCUUAAGACACUACUGUAGGCGUCCACAAUCUAUACUGGUGCACGGUUCUGCCGAGUGCUCCCCGCCAUCAACGCCGAUCCGCCAUCAACGCCCGUCAUGGAAGGUUGCCACGGAUCCCCCAUUCUCCUCCCCCAUCUGCUCCGCGAUUACGGGGAUCCGAGGCCGCCAUCAAUGCGCACCUCCUCCCCACGACGUCGCAUGGAAGGUUUCCACGACGCCGAUCCGCCCCCACCCACCGCCCGUCAUGGAAGGUUGCCGCGGAUCCCCCACCCUCCUCCCCCUCUGCUCCAUGAUUACGGGGAUCCGAGGCUGCCAUCAACGCGCACCAGCUCCCCGGAGAAGUAGCCUGUCAUCCCACGCGCUCGGCCGCCUGGAGUUACGGUGCGGUAGGCCGCCGCUCACGCACUCGGCCGCUGGGAGGCGGCGUGCGUGCGGGAGUGGGCCUGCAUUGGAUUCUCCGAGCAGAUGCUUCGCAGUGUCGUGCUUCCUCUUGGCGGCUUUCGGCGCCUACACGAGAUGUACAUCCGUCCAGUCCAGCAACGUGCUGCUGGAGCGCCGCGCGGGCAGCAAAGGCUGCAGUUGCCGGUGAGGAUGGGCCGGGAUCAGGUCCAAGUCUCACUAUCUCUGCUCUCGACCUCAUUCUUUCUGAAGACGCAGAAUACUCCAACUCCUCCUAAGGACAAGGAUAAAGAUGGAGAUAAUAAUGGAGGUGGCCAGUGUGGGUGAUCACUGAUCAAGUUUGUGAAAAAUAGGAGCUUACCUCCCAUGCAGCAUCACCACAAGCUGCUUAUGUUAUGUAGGUGAUUAGAUUGUGGUUCUUCACUGUAUUUGUGACAGUAAAGAGGUGAUCAAGUCAUUUGGAUUGGUGGGCAGAGAAGACUAUUCAGAUAGGUGCAGAUUAUGUAGGUGAUUAGAUUGUGGUUCUUCACUGUAUUUGUGGCAGUAAAGAGGUGAUCAAGUCAUUUGGAUUGGUGGGCAGAGAAGACUAUUCAGAUAGGUGCGGAUGUACUGAUCGGGAGGCAAAUAAGGUGAGCGAGAUUGUGUGGAAUUGAUUGCAAUAGCGUAUUGGAUGACUACCAAAUCUGUGUGUUGUACCUAAA